CGGACCCUGACGUCCAAACCGUCGAGAAAGCUGCCAAACAGCAAGCGAGCCGGGCACCAUUCUUUCAGAGGAGAGCCUUUUUUCUUAUUUUUUUUUUAUUUUUUCUUGUUUGAAGGUUAAUAAAAGCAACAACGACAACAAACACAAGAGCUUCAAGAGCGCACACGCAAGAACCCCCUUCUCUCUCUCUCUCUUCCCCCCCACCUCCCUCUCACUCUCUGGUCUACGGCGCAAAAGAUGGGAGACUCGCAAUUCGACGCCGCGCUCGACAUCCUCCGGCGGCUGAACCCGAAGCACACGGCCAAGAACCUCGACCAGAUCGUGGCGAUUGCGCCGGCGCUGUCGGAGGACCUGUACGAGAGCGUGGACGUGCCGCUGAGCACGAGGAAGUGCCGGAAGUCGGGCAAGGACUACCUCAUCUGCGACUACAACAGGGACGGCGACUCGUACCGGAGCCCGUGGAGCAACGAGUUCGAUCCGCCGCUGAGCGACGGCGUCGUGCCCAGCGACCGCGUGCGCAAGAUGGAGAUCAGGGCCAACGAGGGCUUCGAUGUCUACCGGGAGCUGUACUACGAGGGCGGCGUGUCCAGCGUGUACUUCUGGGACGUCGACGACGGCUUUGCCGGCUGCGUCUUGCUCAAGAAAGGCGUUGCCCCCAACUCAAAGUCCUCCGGCAGCUGGGACAGCAUACACGUGUUCGAGGUGCAGGACAAGGCGCGGGUGUCCCACUACAAGCUGACGAGCACGGUGAUCCUGAGCCUGGGCAGCGAGACGGACGCCUUGGGCAGCAUGGACUUGAGCGGCAACAUGGUACGCCAGGUCGAGCAGGACAUGCCCGUGGAGGACGACAACAGCCAUGUGGCAAACAUUGGCAGGCUGGUCGAGGAUAUGGAGCUCAAGAUGCGCAAUCUUCUGCAGGAAGUCUACUUUGGCAAGGCGAAGGAUGUGGUGGGUGAUUUGAGGAGCAUACAGCCGCUAAGCGAGGCGCAACGAGACCGUAACGCGCAUCAGGAAAUGAUCAAUAGCAUGGGUGGAGCGAGCAUUCGGUGAUUUGAAGAGGCAAAAAAAACCCCCCAGAUGCAGCGUGUAGCGUUAGGGCAAAUAUGUAAGGUCGUUGCAGCGGUCUGAUGUUCGCGAUAUGCUGUAUUGUCCUGCUUACAAGCUAUAGCCGGGACGCUGGAUUUAGCCUGACAUUGCGGCCGAAACUUGAUUGUCCGAGCCACGAAGUAUAUGCGAGAUAUAGAAAACAAAAUCAAAUAAAAACAUCCAGACGACGACUCAAGACACACAAAAAAAA